GUGUUUUCUGCAUGUAAAGAAAAAUACUAUGGAUGAAUCAAAAUCCGAGUUCGAGCUGCCCGGAUUCCGUUUCCAUCCCACUGAAGAAGAGCUCCUUAAUUUCUACCUAAAGAAUACUAUCUUUGGCAAAAUUUUGCGCACCGAUAUCAUCAGCUUUUUAAAUAUUUACGAUCAUCAUCCUAGGGAGUUACCAGGGCUGGCGAAAAUUGGGGAGAGAGAGUGGUACUUCUUUGUGCCUAGGGACAGAAAACAUGGGAGUGGAGGAAGACCUAAUAGGACUACUCAGAAUGGGUACUGGAAAGCUACCGGAUCAGACCGAAAAAUAGUAAGCAUAUCGGAUCCUAAGAAGAUUUUGGGGCUGAAGAAAACACUGGUAUUUUACGAGGGUAGAGCACCUCGACCGUUAAAGACUGAUUGGAUCAUGAACGAGUAUCGCUUGCCAGAUUCGUGCUCCUUGCCCAAGGACAUAGUGUUGUGUAAGAUAUAUAGGAAGGCAACCUCUCUGAAAGUGUUGGAGCAAAGGGCUGCAGCGAUGGAAGAAGAAAUACUCAAAGUUGAGGAAUACCAAUAUCCAUUAACCCCAAUACCCAUGGCCAUGGAUGCCGUUUCAUUCUGCGAUCAAAUUGAUGGAGUAUUCAACCAGGAAAAUGAAGACUUAGAGGAGAAAUAUUUUGAGGCAACAGGAAUAAGUGAAGAGAAGAAGACAUCAACUAAUCUUGUGUUACCACCCAAUUUCAACGUGGAGACGAAUUUGGCAGAGCUACAGGUGCCUCCAUAUAGCAUGGACUGGACCCAAGACUCUUUCUGGACGCAAUUGUGUAGCCCUUGGCUAGAGAAUCUCACCAAUUUGGCAAGCCAAUAUGCCCAAUUUCUGAAUAUACCACAUGUGCUCGCAACACCGCCUCAAUCUCGAAAAAAUCUCGACCUCCAUGGUACAGCAGCAUCAGUAUUCAGCUUGAAAAACACUCACCAGAAGUUUUUGGUCGUGGUUGCUCACUGUUACACAAUGUGGAAUGGGGUUUUUGGUGUAGGUUUGAUGGUUGUGGUGGCAGUUCGUUUUAUGGCUGUGGCUGGUCGACGGGAGUUGGUGUCACCGUAUCUGGUUUUGGGCGGCGGAUUUGGGCAGUGGGGUGGGGUUCCAUCUUCUGCAGACUCACAUCAAAUUGAUCAUAUUAAGAUUUGA